AUGGGCCAGUCGCAUUCCAAGGGCAACGCCUCAGGCGACCCUCUACAGUCAUACCCUUCCUUUUCCAAAUCCGAUACCAAAGAAUCUCUUCGCUCGUUCCGAGGCUCGAUCCGAUCGAAGAUCCCCGGUGCUCGCAGUUCCGACAGCCCUCGAGGCUCCACCACCGCCCUCUCUCAGACUGAGAGCCAGACCGAUAAAUCUGAUGCUGGAUCUCUCAAGUCAGUUGGAAGCCGCCCCGGCUCCAAUGCUGGCCUCCCUCAGUCGCCUGGCUCGGAGACCACUUCGCGACCCGGCUCCCCCCAGCCCCCACCAUCUCCCUCGCUUUCCACCAGCUUGCAACGAGGCCACAAGGAUGUGAACGCGAUGAAGCAAAGCGGUGAAGUUGACCACGUGUCUGAUGGUCCUCCCUCCGGUGGGCCUCCAACUGGAGCCGCCCCGGUCGCUGGUGAAUCCAUUCUGAUGAAGCGCGAGAAUCAACUGAACCCCAUCCUGGACUUCAUUUUGAAUGCUCCUUUGGAGACUUCGGGAUCCCCCGGGAUGGGCAUGGGCGCAUUGAAGUCCAUUGACCUAGAUGAUAUGAUUUCACGCCUUUUGGACGCUGGCUAUUCCACCAAGGUCACCAAAACGGUCUGUCUGAAGAACGCCGAAAUUACGGCUAUCUGCACUGCUGCUCGCGAGCUCUUUCUGUCACAGCCUGCUCUGCUAGAGCUGUCAGCACCAGUGAAGAUUGUCGGCGACGUUCACGGCCAAUAUACCGAUCUUAUUCGACUCUUUGAGAUGUGUGGAUUCCCACCCGCUUCAAACUACCUUUUCCUAGGUGACUACGUCGAUCGAGGCAAGCAGAGUCUGGAGACGAUUCUUCUGCUUAUGUGCUAUAAGCUCAAGUAUCCCGAAAACUUCUUUUUGCUUCGAGGAAACCACGAGUGUGCCAACGUUACUCGCGUGUAUGGAUUCUAUGACGAGUGCAAGCGUCGUUGCAACAUUAAGGUCUGGAAGACCUUCAUCGAUACCUUCAAUUGUCUCCCAAUCGCUGCGAUUGUGGCUGGAAAAAUCUUUUGUGUCCACGGUGGUCUCUCACCCAGCCUUUCGCACAUGGACGAUAUCCGCGGCAUCGCUCGUCCCACUGAUGUGCCUGACUAUGGUCUGCUGAAUGACCUCUUGUGGAGUGACCCGGCAGACAUGGAGGAAGACUGGGAACCCAAUGAGCGUGGUGUCAGCUACUGCUUUGGAAAAAAGGUCAUUAUGAACUUUUUGCAGCGUCACGACUUUGAUUUGGUUUGUCGUGCCCACAUGGUGGUCGAGGAUGGAUAUGAGUUCUACCAGGAUCGCAUUCUGGUUACCGUGUUCUCUGCACCCAACUAUUGCGGCGAGUUUGAUAAUUGGGGAGCUAUCAUGUCAGUUUCUGGCGAACUUCUCUGCAGCUUCGAACUUCUUAAACCCCUGGACUCGACCGCCCUGAAGAAUCAUAUCAAGAAAGGCCGAAACAAGCGCAACAGCAUGCUGAACAGCCCCCCCGCGGCGGUAUCGGCGCAAAGUUUUUAG